UGCCACUUAAGUCAUAAGGAAGUGGUGCAGUUUUUAUGGGGAGAGCAUAUAGCAGGAUGAAAGCAGUCACUUACUCCUAGUUGAGCUCUAUCAGGGGGAGGUCCAGAGAUCAUCUGGGUCAACUCUCCACUCUGAAAAUACUUUAAUUUCUCAGAGGAUGAGAAAUGUGUUCUGAGUGGAACUGCCCUGAGAGAAAGGAGGAUCCCAGAGUCUGAAUCCUGAAGUUCCUUUCAAUAUGGAUUCAAGAAGUCUUUCCCAUUUAGGUCCCAAAUAUCUCUACAUUAGUCUCUGGGACUUUGAAGCUCGUACUGAGAAUGAAUUGAGCUUUCAGGCUGGGGACCUCUUUCAUGUAAUGGAAAAGAAAGAAGAUUGGUGGAGAGUCACAAAGCUUGAUGCUACUGGAAAGAGCCUGGAGGAAGGCUAUGUCCCCCACAAUUACUUAGCAGAGCAAGAGACAAUGGAAACUGAACCAUGGUUUUUUGGGCAGAUCUCUCGUUCUGAAGCUUUGCAUAGGCUCCUUGUAGAAGAGAAUGGAACUGGCACCUUCCUCAUCAGGAUCAGUGAGAAGCCAGGAGCAGAUUAUGUUCUCUCAGUUCGGGAUAACCAGACUGUGAAACACUACAAGAUCUGGAGGAAUGCUGAGGGAAAAUACUAUAUGAACCAGACUGUGUCCUUCCCCAAUCUUGCUGGCCUAGUGCAGUAUCACAAAACUAAGACUCUGUCUCAUGGCCUGAGGCUCACCACACCCUGCUGGAAGCAUGAGCCAAAACCAUUGCCCCACUGGGAUGACUGGGAAAGACCCAGGGAGGAAUUUAGUCUGUCCAGGAAGCUGGGCUCAGGAUACUUCGGGGAAGUCUUUGAAGGAUACUGGAAAGGGAAAGUCAAAGUGGCCAUUAAGGUUAUUGCCAAAGAUGACCUGAUGCACCAGAACACCUUCUACUCAGAGGUUGAGGCCAUGAAGAAGCUACGCCACAAACACAUUCUCUCUCUGUAUGCUAUCUCUUCCACUGGGGACCCUGUCUACAUCAUUACUGAACUGAUGCCCAAAGGAAACCUUCUAGAACUCCUUCGAGAUCCUAAAGGGCCAAAAUUGCCCACCACAGAGCUUGUGGACAUAGCAUCUCAAAUAUCUGAAGGCAUGUGCUACCUCGAAUCACAGAAUUAUGUUCACCGAGACCUGGCUGCCAGGAAUAUCCUUGUGGGAGAAAAUAAUAUCUGCAAAGUGGGAGACUUUGGGCUGGCCCGACUUAUCAAGGAUAAUAUUUACCUUUCCUAUGCACAGAACAUCCCCUACAAAUGGACUGCACCAGAAGCCCUCACCUAUGGGUUUUAUUCAACCAAAUCUGAUGUUUGGUCCUUUGGAAUUCUGCUCUAUGAAAUUUUCAGUGGUGGACAGAUACCUUAUCCAGGGAUGUCCAAUCAUGAAGCUCAUAUGAAGGUCCUGGAUGGUUUCCAAAUGCACUGCCCCACGAAAUGCCCACCCUCCAUCUAUGACCUCAUGCGUAGAUGCUGGCAUCUGACUCCUGGAGAAAGACCCUGCUUCAAAACCCUCAAAGAAAAACUCAUUAGUUUCACCAAUUAUGAAAACCCACUUUGAGCUGGGGGCCUGCCUGAGAGAUCCUUCCAUGCUUCCUUACAUACCACCCAAGUCCUCCACCUGGUUCCCUAAGAGCAAUCUCAACAGUCUUCCUUCCUCGAGGUCUUCAGCUUUGGACCUGCAGAAGAUUCAUGGGGAUUGCCCCUGAAGGCAAUGUGGUCUAGUGGAAAGAGUGCUGCUGGUCAAAAGACUGGGUUUGAGUGUGGGCUCCAACAUUCACUAAUUGCACAGACUUCUAAGAAUUACUUAAUUUUCUGGGUCUCAAUUUCUUCUCUGUAAAAUGGGAAUACUAUACUCAUGCUACCUCUCUCACAGAGCUGUUGUGAGGAAUUCAUUUUUAAACCUUAAAGCUUUAUGGAAAUGUCUGCUGCUGUGGUUGCUGCUACACCUUGCUCCAGACUGGGCCCUUCCAGUUGGGGCCAUGGAUUGUGUGUGCAAAAAGUCACUUGAAUACUAAAUACACUGGGGUCAGAACAUAGAUGUUCUGCAAAAAUGUCUAAAAGGCUAAGCAAUUAAUUUGUUUCUAUUUCAUUUACUAAGACUUUCCUAUUACAAAAUGAAUAAAUUUCAUUGAU